ACCAAGCCGCAGAGUGGAAUAGGCGCAUGGCACAGAGCACGGAUAGAAUGUCGCAGCUCACAGCUGCCUGAUCCGAGUGAUCCAAUGAGAAAUCAUUACCGCCCUAGCAGCUGAGCGUCUGCGUCACAGUCCCCUGAGGGCAGCUGUCCGACGGCAUCUCAGUCCCUUAGCGUAAUCAGGGGCGGAGAGCGGCCCGCGGGACCCCGCACGGCGACAGAGACCAGCGGCAUGCCCUGGCGCGGAGGUCAUCGCUCAGAAGCUCGCACGGCCGCGCGCAGGAGGCGCCCGUGACCCGCGCGAGAGCAGAACAUUGUUCCGAGACAAUGGUGCCGGCAUGUUCUUCGUGGGAGCGAAGAGCUGGUCUGAAAGCGAAGCAGCCCCGGUGUGGGAGAGCUGAACAGAAUGAAGUAUGCAAGAAUUUCGCGGAGAGUGAUGUAGAGGAGCGAGACGCCAAGCCGCCGGGCGCGGCACCGGCGACUGAGACAUCGACAGAGCUGCUGACUCGGCUUCUGGGGCAGCAGCUGGAGCUGGCGGCCAGGCGUGACGAGCAGCUAACGAUGCUUCUACAACACAUCCAGCAGGGCGCGGCCGCCGGCGCCCGACCAGUCGACGGCGGCGGCGCGCUUGCGGCGGCGAGCGGCGGUUGCCCGCCCGCGGCGGCGGGUGGCGGCAGCGCGCCUACGGCGUCUGGCGGCGGCGGCGCGCCUGCGGCGACUGGCGGCGGGAGCGCACCUGCGGCGGCCGCGGUUACAGAGAGUGUCGCCGCCGCGGCGGCUGUGCCGCCUACAGUCGGUUCCCGGCAACGGAUCUGCCUGCCGGCGACUGGGACGCCAGUCCCCAGGCUGCACUCAUCAGCGUCACUCAUCGAAUUCGACACAUGGAGAAGAAAAUUCGACGGAUACUGUCUGCUCACCCGUGUGCGUGAGCUAACAACAGCGGAACAGAAGGCCGCCCUCAUCGCCGUAUUAGACGACGACUGGACACGGAUCGUCGACUUCGGGCUCCAGCUACCCGCGGACGCGGAUCUGGACAGCGUCCUCGAGGCCAUGCAGAAGUACUUGCGUCGCCAACGCAACGUCAUAGUCGACCGCAUGGACUUCACAGCCAGACUACAGCAGCCCGGUGAAUCCAUCGACGAGUAUGUGUGCGCCCUGAGAGAGAUAGCAGCGUGUUGUGACUUUUGCCAACACUGUGCCGAUGAUCGAUUCCGGGAUCAUAUCGUCGUGGGCACAAUCGACAGUGACGCGCGAAGGCGCAUGCUAGAGACUGCCGACCUGACAUUUGAGAAAGCGCUGGACAUAUGUCAUCCCACACCCUGCGUGGUGCCGGGAGACCUCGUCCUCCGCCUCUGGAAGUUUUUUUUUUUGUUUCUGUUAAUGGCGCUAUGUGCCUGCUAUGUCGUUAGACGUUAAUCACUUUGUACCUCUGUGUUUACGUCUUGCGGGGGAGGUGAUGGGAUAGUUAUCUGGGGGGAGGUGUUAUGUGCGGACUUGUGGGUUUGAUUUCGGCCACUCUAAUCGCCCGAGGCACGGCCGGCCACCGGGGCUGACCGGUCGUCCCCUCCUGAGCCAAUACAGUUGACCGACACGAGAGCUAGUGUGUGGACCGGGAGCCGGGGCGAACCGAACAGUGCUA